UGUUGUUGUUGUUGCUGCUGCUGCUGCUGCUGUUGCUGCUGCUGCUGCUGCUGCUGCCAGUGAGGUGCAAUGUAGACCAGCACAGGCAGUAGAAACAACAGCAUUGGUUGUGAGAACUCGAUGGUCAUCGAAAAGUUUUUGUCGUGCAUGUGGACACUCGCUACCGUGUAGAUAAGUAGCACUUGCCUAGUGGGGCUCAAUUUUCUUUUUUGGCAACGGAACGCUGCUGGCUUGCGCACCAGCAUCAUUACCAAUCUUGGCGAGUGUUUUCAUCAGUCUCGCCUUGUUGUCUACGAACUAACGGCCUAGCUAUUUUCCAACCGCGAAAUAACGAGGGAGCGCGAUUGUUGCCAUAUAAAAUUAACCGUGACAAACUGAAAUUCCGUAAUGCUACGAGUUGUCGCUUCGAACAAGUAUCAGCGGAUCUUGUCAUUGGGCGAUGCAAUUUUUUGUGUUAGCCCGUUAUCUGUGAAUCAGAUCCUGUUUUGCCAUCGAAAAGAUCGACAGCAUUGACGGCUCGAGCUGAAGAAAACAACAGAAGCCAAGCGAAUACGAAAGCAGUAUUUUUCUGCUGUUGUCAUGGUCACAGCGGUUGUCGCCGUGGUAUUUGUGAUGUUGAUGAAGCCCCCUGAUCUGUGAUCUGGUGCGUGCGUGAGUGAGUGGAUGAGUCUGUACACGUCUGCCCCUAUACGACGUUCGUUGGUUAUUCUCAUUUUGCGAAGCUGUGCGGUGCAGACUCGUGGCGAGCAUUUCCGUGCCUGUACACUGGAAUAAACACAGCCCCAAUUGUUCAUGCUGUUGGUGUUUUUUCUAUUGAGACUAGUUAUCGAAAGGCUGAACCUGCGGCCUGGAGCAGCUCAACAACAACGACGGUCGAUGCCGUUUAGCCGUCGUCGCUGCUGCUGCCAGGCGUCAGUCAGGCAGGCAGACAGCCAGCCAGACAGUAGCCGGCUGUGGCGACAGCCGUGGUCGUUGCGGUCGUAGUGCGUCGGAGCAAUAACAAAGGCAACAACCGACUCCGACUGACCGAACAACGACGGCGAACGGCGAUCAGUGGGCCAUAAUCAGUCGGGUAUCGCGCUUCUGACGACGACGAUGGUGAUGAUGAUCGUUGCUGGGCGAAUGUCUGCUGUUAAUACUAGCCUCUAAUCGCACAGGCAGGUCAGAUAGUAGAAAUUAUGGGAGGCGUUAAUGGUAUUAGCGAUCCAGCACAUCUUGCCUCGACGUGAAGCAUCGGUGAUAUAUCGAUUGGAAUUUACUAAAUAAUUCAAGCCAAAUCGUACAUUGAGGUGGUAUGGGGUAUUGAGGACCUCGUAGAAGUGUCUCGCUGUUUGUAGAACAAAAUUGUGUAUUUCAUCAAAUCGGAUCAUCUGUGAUGUAGUGCAUGAACUCGACUAAUCAGACGAUUUGUCAAAGUGAAGGUGAUGUUCGAGGGGCGAACAUCACCUCUAUUUUAGGAAAGAGUAGUUCUCGUUGUUGUAGUCGCUCCCCAUAACUACGGAGGGGGCAGUCGAAUUCUGACAUCAACACGAUGGAGGAAGCCAACAUGCCGUGCAGCAGCUCAACGGCUGGAGGAGGCUCGCAUAGCUUUAAGCCGACCCCGGAGUCGGUCAUGAUGGGUCCGGCCGUUCAGAUUUCGGAAGAGGACGCAGAACGCCAAGCCGAAGCCAUCUUGCGUUUUGUUCCCCUGCCACUUCCCCUGCCGUACGUUGCCCAAAUUAGUUUUGCGCAUCCGCCGCCUCUUCCCUCCAGUAGUGCUGGGGUAUCUCAACAUAACGGCCGACACAAUCUUGCUGAUGCCGCCACAAUGACUGAACAGGUCGAUUCACGACAUUCGCCCGAUGGAUAUGGACGAGAACGGGCUCUUGAUAACAGCAAUAGCAGUAACAUACUGGACAGACGAACCUCAACCACGACGACAUCAGCACACAGCUCCCGUGACAAUACUAGCAGUAAUAAUUCACAGCAGAUACCGUUAAGCGGUAACGCCUCUUCGGAUCAUGGACUUGCGGAUCGCCAGGAUCACCAACAUUUGAUGCAGGAGUUAGGUGAGAAUCUUCAUGAACUCAUGGCCCACGUGGAUCCCAUUUCAAUGGGUCACCAUCAUGCAGUUGAUGUGGUCACGUUGGGCGAUGUCGCGGCGUCGAUGAAUCACCAGAAUAUGGCGGCUGCAGCGGCAGCUGUGGUUGCUGAGGCCAACCUUGUCACAGACGCCCAGGAUGACCACGCGGUUGACGUGCACGUAAUGGACGUCCUGACGCAUUCAGACGUUCAUCACAUAGACGUCGACGAGACGUGGUCGGAACCGCCGGCGUCGCACGUGUCAUUCAGCGAUAGCAACCUAAGCGACGAGGAUGCCGAGUCCGACACGGAUGCUGAACUUUUUGCACCCAGUUUACAAGUUUCGCCAACAAACGUCUUUCCGUCAAAUACUAGAAGAACGACAUCGACGACGCCUUCAGCACGUCGAACCGAGGGAGUUGAGCCCACUGAGAUGCUCUACAUUAGCGAUGAUUCGACGGCGGGCUCCAGUAGCAGCGACGAAUGUGAAAUCAUUAUGGUGGAACCUGGACCGUCGCAGUUUUCUUCGCGAAGUUCUCGUGGGCCCAGUAGAGGGCCUGAUAGGGUUGAGUCACCAUCUCAAGUUAAUGCUGCGGAAGUUCCAGUUCAAGUGCCUUCUGCAAACUCAACUGUUGUCGAGGAAAGUGGACACGUGUUAAAUACUACGGUCGCAUCGACGGAUAACGCAGUUUCAUCGAUGGCUUCAACAGUUGCGCCUGAACCAGCCGCCUCGUCCUCUUCAUCUUCAGUUACUAAUGCGAACAAUUUUAGUGUCACAUCCUUAUAUGCUCCAAAGAACAGACAGCUGCUGUUGAGACAAGGUUCUUUUAACAGGAGGGCACGUUCACAUUCAUCGCUAUUUAGACCUCGGCGUCCUUUACAUGACGUGGUGGAUUUGACGGGAGACAGUGAUGAGGAGGUGCCAGCCCUUUCUCCUUCAGCAUCUGGGGGUUCGCAAACGUCAAUACCUUCCCGUUUGGCCUGGGACCGCACGCAGUCGCCCCCGGUACCAAGACCUAUGCGGUCUCGUCCAAGGUUACCGGAACCAGCCACGAAUGCAAAUCCAUCCGGAACUGCCUCUAGUACGAGUGGCAGUGGCUGUCCUUGCACCAUACCUCGAUUUCAUCCGGCGACACCGUCAUAUGGAAUGGCGACGCGUGGUGAGGGAGCCAGCGGGCCAUGUGGGAGCGGUAGACGGUCACGCCAAAUGCAGCAGCGGAGCGCUCGACCUCUUGGGCAUUUGUUGCCUAGGGGCAGAAUCGUACAUCACCGUAAUCAGGAUGGUGAUGGUCAUGGCUGCACUACUGGGCAUUCCUCAGCAACUCGUAUUCCACUCGUGGACCAAAGCCCUCUUUCUGGGGGAUCAACUGCGUCUUCAACGGCGCCUCCGCCUCCUUCGCCUGGUCCAUUACACGCCCACUUUCCACCUCUAAAUGUGGGACCUUAUGUAACGUUAGCUGGACACCCGCCGCCAAUGAUUGCGCCGCUUCCACCAGCGACUCCGCUCGGACCUUGUGGUCCUCUUCAUGGCAUGCCGCACGGCCACGCAGUAGCACGCUCAUCUUCUUUCAGCAGUAGCUCUUCACGACAGAGCAGUGCACUAUGGGAGGCACAACAGAACCGAGCGGAGCUGCUUCGACUGUCAAUGUCGACCGUUGGCCAGACUGAUUCUCAACGUACGACCACAGCUCAGUCUAGUCAGGGUCUUCCAGUCGCCUCUACAACCCCUGCUAGUUCACAGACAACAGCGGUUUCGACGUCAGGUCAGAGAGAUCCAUCAUACAUAACCCCAAUGUCACCGUUUGUGCCUCAUAGGCGUGUGCAACCUUGUUGCGCCUUCCUCUUUGGUCCUUUCAGCCAUCAUUACCAUUCGCCUACAGCCGGCGUUCCACCGCCACCAUUACCGCCACCUCCCGCUCAUCAUGGGAUCCCGCCCCAUCACCAUCAUCACCAUCAUCACCAUCAACAGCAUCAUCACCAUCAUCAGCAGCUUUCUUUCAAUCAUCACGAUCCAAUGUUGGCUGCAAGCGCUGCUGGAAGCACUAGUGGCCUGCUAAAUGAACCCGGCCUAUCAGGGCCCUAUUCAUUUGUGCCUCGAAGGGCCAUGUUCGGAAUAGGUGGGCCUGGACGAAUGCUCGGUGUGACUGACCGUCAACAAGCACAUUCAGGACAACAUUCUCACCCAAUACAUGGAUUGCACGGACUUCCGUUACUUGGCCCUGGGGCACAGGCGUUGAGACGUAUGCCACCGACACCACUUGUGGCAACCGGAGUUCUUCCACACCUACUCGAUAGUUGCACCGUCAAGUACAAACUCAGUGAAGACGACACCCGUCGAGAGGUGACAAAAUGCACAAUCUGCCUGACAGAGUACGAAGUGUCCGAGGAGGUUCGUCGUCUGCCUUGCAUGCACCUGUUCCAUCAAGGAUGCAUCGAUCGUUGGCUAGCGACAGAUAAGCGUUGUCCCGUGUGUCGGGUUGACGUCACUGUCCGACCAGAGGAAUUAUUGGCGAAAGUGCAACGAGACAGUCAAAUGCAGCUACAUCAAGCUGAACAAGAACAGCCGCAGCGAUAUCCACUAGGUCACCCUCUCCAUCAAGAAUCUUCAACGCAGCAAAGCCAUCAACAGCAUCUUCAACAGGAUAGCUGCGAGCAGCUCGGCGAAUCGGUCGACGUGAGAACCAGUGGUACGAUCGAAUCGCACACGCCCCAAACAGUCCAUCAACAAGGGUCGGCGGCAGCAGUCGCAGUCCAGCAUUGGCGCCAGCAGCAGCAACAGCUUCAGCAGCUGCACCAACGCCAUCAGCAGCAGUUGCACCAACAACAACAGCUGCAGCAACAGCAGCAGGCAUCCGCACCGGCGGGAGCCAUCGGUUCCAUUGUCACUGGCCAGGAACAGUCGCAGGAACAACGUCAUCAUCGCGAAGCCAUUCCACUUGCUCCGGGGGGCGUAAUACUUGCCACACCACCACUGACCAUCGACGGAUCGGGAUUUGCCGUUGAGUGACACCUGAAGGCAUCUGUACAUAUAUACAACAAGUCUAAAUUGGUCGUAAAUUAUAAUUAUAAAGAGUGAAAUAGUAUAGACCUAUAAAUUUACUGGUACACUGAUAGAGACUUGUAGCCAGCGCGCAGUUGGCAGCAGAUCAAGCUGCCAAUACGUCGUGACUGCUAUUAUAUCGGUUUGACCGACGAAGGUAUCAACCUUUCCCAACCAAGAACGAUCUGUUUUUUGUUCUUUCACUAGUUGGUUACAAGCAUUUUUAACUACCUGCAAACCACCACGGCAUUCCCAUAAGUAUUCCGAGGCUGUUAAUUAAGUAAACUAGGGCGAGGAGACCAAUUCGAAUGAUGUCACCCCCCGGCGUCGUCGCGCCCUCUCCUCCAGCAGAUCUCGUGCUUCUUUGACCGCGGAUCACAAGAAUACGGUGAAUUGUUUGCAGUAUUUGUGCAUAACUUUCGAUAAUCAUCACAUCGUGUAAUUUAAUCUAAUCUGCUUCGAUCAAAUUGUAUGGGAGGAAGGGUCCUUAAAGGUAUCUGCAUAAUUGCCUAAUGUUUCGUUGUUUAUAAUAUUUCCGUUGCCAAAAAUAUGUCAAUAUAUCGGCCAAUUGACAGCCACCUAUUUUAUCUUGACAUAGAAAUCGGUGUCUAAUAAAUUAUCUAUCUUUGUGUAACAGAACUAUCCUCAGCGAGAGUAGGGAAUAGUUAGGGUGCUGUAGGCAGAGUCUCCUCGUUGGUAUUUGACAUCCCACGUAGCGUGGACAACGAUCUAUCACACGAAAGUCUUGUUUUUAGACGUUCGACGUUGUCGAUGGGACCGGAGGAGAAAGGAAGACGGGAUAAAAACGAAGGCACAUACGUACAGAUAGGCAAAUCGACGAGCCGUUGGGAAAAUGGCUAUUCGAGGUGGGAAAACAUAUCAAUGAACACGGCCGCCAGACUCAGAGUGCUUAGCAUUUGCAUGGCAUUAGUGUGUCGUCGUCUGUGACGCACCUGACGGUGACGCCAGCGAUGAUGCUCACAGAUUUAAAUAUGUGCGUGUAUAUAUAUAUAUUCAUCUGUGUAGAUAAUGGCGUCUUUCCGUUUUUCAAACAAGGCAAGCGAUCGUGUGACGAACACCGUGUAUCGAACGAUGAAAGAAUCAACGAUAACACAAAUCCUGUUAUUAUAAAGGCAUUACCAUUACAGGCAAGUAGUGAACGAAACAACGUAUAAAUUAACCUAUCCGUUACGUUGCUAUAUUUGUAGGUUUGUAUCCAGACGACCGGAGGCAUUAUUCCAAUACCCAUCUAAUUAUCAUUAUUACUAAAGUCAUUGCGAUAAUUUAAAGGGGCGGCCGAUAUAACGUAAUGUCGUUUGUUUCAAUAUUUUUCAUGUGGACCUUGAGCUGCCAUCCUUUUUUGGUCGUGACUAGUAAGGACACAAAGCUAUUAAUAUUUAGUAUAGUGACAUUGUGUGUCGGAUAUUAAUUAUCCUCUCAUUUCGUCCCUGUCUCUAUUUCGAUCUCCGUUGAAGGAAGGGUGCACGUUUGAUACGCGAUAGAACAUUAUACCGUAUUAAAGGACAACGAGAUCGAGCAGCAGACAGCGUGUAACAGGAGAGAGAAACGAACGAAUAGAGCCGAAUUGUAAAUAUUGAUCAUCGUAUCACAUUUUGGUUAGACUGUGUUCAAGGGAAAAAAAUGUUAUGCCAUGUGCAUAUUUUGUGGAUCUUUACAUUUCCAACCAUUGAUUGGACGUCGUUGAGUAUGAUACUAGAGAAAGAUGAACUGAGGCACGCGUGAGACUAUUUAGAGUGGCUCGACAUCCUGACAACGACGAAAUCAGCGAUCGUCAUCGGUUUAGCUGAUUUCCUCGGCUUUUAUUGUUGUAGAUGUGUACAGUGGAAGGAACAAACGCAAACAACAGUUGAGUUGAAUCUGUGUAAAAGGGCAAAGCUGAAUUAUACCUGAUCCUUUUCGUAUGUGCGUGUGAAUUUUGCCUCGUUAGGGUACGACACGACCGGGUCCUGGCUUGCUGAGGCAAGGCCUGUCGUAUAAGGUACUUCGAACUUGUUGACGAAUCUGAGGGGCGUUUUUGCGAAGUGGGCGAGGUUUUCGCGUUGAAAGCAGAUCAACGGCGUGUUUUUGGCGGGAAAUUUCGAAGCUAGGAUUAGUUUCAUAUCGUUUUAUUACUUCCCGCAGGGUCUGAUGUGGACUAAUCUAAUCCGUACAUUUAUGUACCCGAUUUUGAAAUGGUCCGGCGUGAAUGUCUCUGCCCGUCCUCACGAGAUUUACGUCCUUUAACUACCAAGAUGUACAGUAGACAAAUUUGGCUUCAGCUUAACUGUAGUAAAUGCCUAUAGCCCUCAGUCAGCUACGUAGAAUCAAUUGGAGUGUACGAGAUUUUGCUGAAGGUAACAAGGGCGUAUCAAACUGACUCUAGCUCCAUAAUCCCCUGCUGAGAAUAAACGCGAUCUGUUUUCGACCUUCAAACCUAAUCUAUUUCUCAGAAACAGAAUUUCUUAGGAAGCCGACAGUUAUACAUUGGUAUAUGUACCUUUUUAAGAAUUCAGAACAUUGCGGUGACGCUUCCUAGUCAGCAAACAAUUAGAAUGAAUGGCAAAGAUCUACCGAUGAAAUUGCAUUUUCCUUUUAUACAAUUAACCCUUGAUUAAGACGUAAUCUCUGGAUGAAACACAUAUCGAAAAAACUCGUGUGUUGUCGUGAUGUCCUUAGAGAUUGACAUUGAUUUCUCGCUUGAUUUACUUCUAGAGAUGUUACCGUUACGGAUAUCGUUAUUGCUAUUACUAGCUAUAAGUAAUCAAUUGAUCGGCGUCACUAUUCAGAUGACCAUAGCUCCCCAUUAUUCUAAAUAGUGACACUCGUCUGCAUUUAUAAAAUUCAGUCCUAAAAACACGAUCCUAGCAGAUACGUAAUGAUGUCGUACAGAAAAUUUUAAUGCUAACUCAACUCGGGACAGAUGUUGCUCGAUGCCGCCAAAAAGACCUUGGGGACCUAAAUAACGGCAACAUCAGGAGACGCUAAAACGCCUAACAACGACAAGUGGCUUGCAUACAAUAUCUAAGGCAUAACGUGUUUAUACAUGCAAGGCGCUUUAACAAAGCGAUGAUCCAUUAUUAGAACGUACAUAUAGACUUUGAUAAGUGUGUUUAUAUAUACUAGACCAGCUACACAUGGUGUUUAUAUCUACACACUUCUCCAGAUUAAAAACAGAAUGACUGUGUAAUAGAAUACAUUUGACUCGGCAGACGUAUCUUCAAUGAGUUGAAAGAUUUCCUUAACUGCAUCAAAAUAAUACGAUAAUGAGACGUAUGCUGAUGAUUAUAAUAAUAAUUAUUAUUACCUAACUAAAAAUGCGAAUAUAUCUGUGUUUGGUGGUUUUGCAUAUAAAGCUGCUAUGAUGGACGCUUGAAACAACUGACGACAAGAGCUCCAACAACACCAAUAAAGAUACUGAAGUUUAAGUAAACAUGCUUUCCCGCUAACAAUAAAACGUUUUUUUUUUUUUGUUCUUCUUAAAGAA